UUGGUUUUCAGAUUAAUAUAAUAGUCUUUUCAAAAAAAUAAAAUAAUAAUAAUAAGGAUAAUUUUGGAAAUAUUAGAAAAGUGAAAAUAAAAAAUACAGAACAAAGGAAAACAUCACUUUUGCUUAAAAAUGAAGUUCACUAUUAAAGAAAAUAAUAAUAUAGAAAUAAAAUAUUACGUCGAAAUUUAAUUAUUAAGAAAUUCCAUGAUGAUGCUUGCCUCUCUUUCUCAUCUCACUUAUAAUAAGUCUUGAUCGUGGAACAAACAGAUCAAGUAGUUAGUUCCAAUGACUCCGUCCAAGUCUACUCCCUCCUUCUCUCUCUCUCCCUUUCUCUCUCUCUCACAUCUGUCGUUUCCUUUACGUCACAGUUAGACAGAGAAACUUAAACCUCUCUAUAAGACAGAACAAUGAUCUCGAAAUCAUCUUCCAACUCAACCCUUCCCUCUCUCUCGUCUCUCCACCUGUUGACCGUUCCGAACUCUAUUCACAGGCACGUUGCCGGAUUAAAGAAAAUCCCAUUGCCCAGAAAAGAACAGGGAAAAUAAGAUUACAUCAUUUUCUAUUCAUUUUGAGAGAUUACCAUGAUUGAAGCUGAUUGCAUGGCGGCUUCUUUCAGAAACCUCGUGCCUCUUCUUUCCUUGGUUUUACUAGUGGCAGUCGUUUCAGAAAACUAUGUUCAUGGCAGGUUUGUGGUGGAGACAGAGAAUAUCAAAGUCUUGUCUCCAGUGAAUAUGCGUUCUAAACACGAUGGAGCAAUUGGAAACUUUGGUGUUCCAGACUAUGGUGGCUAUAUUGUUGGUUCUGUUGUUUAUCCCCCUAAAGGGUCUUUUGGGUGUGACCCCUUUGAGGGUGAUAAGCCCUUCAAGUCUCGUUCUCCACGCCCCUCCGUUGUUCUUCUUGAUCGUGGAGGUUGCUUCUUUGCUUUAAAGGUAUGGAAUGCUCAACAGGCAGGAGCUGCAGCAGUUUUAGUGGCUGAUGAUAGGGAAGAGCCUCUAAUAACUAUGGAUUCACCCGAGGAGAGCACCGAUGCUGAUGGGUAUAUUGAGAAGAUCAACAUUCCAUCAGCUCUGAUAGAGAAAUCAUUUGGGGAUAGGCUGAAAGAGGGUUUGAAAAACAAUGAGGAUGUCGUGGUGAAAUUGGAUUGGAGAGAGUCAGUGCCCCACCCUGAUGAGAGAGUUGAGUAUGAGUUUUGGACAAACAGCAAUGAUGAGUGUGGUGCUCGUUGCGAUGAACAAAUGGAUUUUGUUAAGAACUUUAAGGGUCAUGCUCAAAUUCUGGAUAGGGGAGGUUACACAAUGUUUACUCCACAUUACAUUACUUGGUUCUGCCCUCAGGCCUUCAUUCUUAGCAGUCAAUGCAAGUCUCAGUGCAUAAACCAUGGAAGAUAUUGUGCACCAGACCCAGAAAAGGAUUUUGAAGAGGGGUAUCAAGGGAAGGAUGUGGUGAUUGAAAACUUAAGGCAACUUUGUGUGCACAGAGUUGCCAAUGAAAGCAGCCGUUCUUGGGUUUGGUGGGAUUUCGUUACUGACUUUCAUAUCAGGUGCUCCAUGAAACAGAAAAGAUACAGCAAAGAAUGUGCUGAGGAUGUAAUGCAAACUCUAGAUUUACCUAUUGAGAAGAUUAAGAAAUGUAUGGGUGAUCCCGAAGCUGAUGUUGAUAAUGAUGUGCUUAAAAUUGAGCAAGCAGUCCAGGUUGGGCGAGGAUCCCGUGGUGAUGUUACCAUCUUGCCAACAAUGGUUAUCAACAAUGUUCAGUAUCGAGGGAAACUGGAGAGGACAUCUGUUCUAAAGGCUGUAUGUGCUGGAUUUAAGGAGGGAACUGAACCUCCAGUUUGUUUAAAUGGAGAUCUUGAGACAAAUGAGUGUCUUGAAAGGAAUGGUGGCUGUUGGCGUAACAAGCACUCUAAUAUUACUGCAUGCAAGGAUACAUUUAGGGGAAGAGUUUGUGAGUGCCCUGUUGUUAAUGGCGUGCAGUAUAAAGGUGACGGUUAUACAUCUUGCCAUGCUUUUGGCCCUGCAAGAUGCACAGUGGACAAUGGAGGGUGUUGGUCAGACACUAGGCAUGGAUUAACAUUCUCAGCUUGUUCAGACUCUGAGUUGUCUGGCUGCCACUGCCCACAGGGCUUCCGCGGGGACGGUCAUAAAUGCGAAGAUAUUGACGAAUGCAAGGAACGCAGUGCUUGUCAGUGCAGUGGUUGUGGCUGUAAGAACACUUGGGGCGGGUACGAGUGCAAGUGUAAAGGAGACCUUCUGUAUUUGAAGGAGCAAGAUACUUGUAUUGAGAGACAUGGAUCGCGAUUGGCAUGGUUUGUCACUUUUGUGGUUCUUGCAGCUGUGGUUGGAGUUGGUCUUGCUGGUUAUGUAUUUUACAGAUACAGGCUUCGGUCGUACAUGGACUCGGAGAUAAUGGCUAUCAUGUCACAAUACAUGCCAUUGGACAAUCAGCAUAGUAAUCGCGUUCAGUCCAUGGAAGCAGAACCAUUACAUCAAGGAUCGGUAUGAAACCAGAGAGGUAAAAAAUAAUAAAUCUCUGCAAAGGAACAUCCAAAGUGGAAGAUAACAAUACGGGUGUGCAUAUUGUGGCUUUGAAAAUUUACAAACACUUGAUAGCUACUGGCAAAGGGUUAACUCUGGUUCUUUAUUUGCAGAACCGCUAUAGAAUUGUUCUCUUUUUUUUUUUUUUUUUUUUUUUUUUUUUUUUUAUUUCCACUUGCUAUUUGUAGAUAAAAUACUCAGACGUGUAAAGGAUGUUUAAGAGACAAAGUAGGGACUUUCGUAAGUACCAUUCCAUUACAGAGCAAAAAAUAACACGACGACGGUUGAGCGAAUGUUAUGGUA